UGUUGAAAUUGGUACUUGUAUAUAGUCAAUAAAAGUUUAAGAUAGAGGCCAUCACAACUCCCUCUCCCUAAUCAUUUCACAAACUAUUAGUCUUUUUGGCACAAAUUUGAGAGAAAAUGUUUUUACAUAGAUAGGAUUCCGACUGCUAGAGUCUCGUAAAUGAAAUAAAUGAGGUGUAAGAAUCACCUUACCGACCUGAGCAGCAGUGUAGGGGUCUGUGCCUCGUGCCUCCGGGAACGCCUUCUUCCUCUAUCCGACGUCCAAUCACCACCGACGCUUGUAUUCGCCCGCUGCAAAUCUCACGAAAUCUCUCCGUCCGACCAUGGUCAUCAUAUUCCUCAGGUGAUCUGCUCUACUUCCAUUACACAUCAUAAUAGUGAUACUAAGCACCAUACCAGGUUCUCUCUUCUGUCAAAGUUGUUCAGGUCCAAGUCCGAUAAGUUCCAUUCAUCUACCACAAACAGAAAAUAUCAAGUAACUGAAUAUAUAUAUGACUCUUCAUCCCACAAACAUCGAGGAAUGUCUCCGGUCAGCGAGGCCAAUAUCGAUGGCCCUCCCAGUCGGAUGAUGACUCCAUCGCGAGUCAAUGCUGCAUAUAAAAGUAAAAAAGUGUCCGGGUUAGCGUUUUGCUUUAGCCCUCUGGUGAGGCUCAGCCCGAACACUAACAGCCAUUGGAAGCAGAAAGUGAAUUUGACCUCGGAAUUGGGGAAGUCUCGCCUGUCUACGGCGGCCUCAUUUUGUGGCAACCGCUCCAGGAAGCUUUACGAUUUGGGAAGACUCAAUCUCAAUCUCAACCGUUGACUGUGGACAUAGCAGAAUAUCUUGGUCUGUCUUUGUACAUUGUGAUUGUUAUUAGCACAAACAGACUACACAUAUAUACUUGAGUUUUCGUAUUUUAUAAAACAUAAUUUAUUUUGAUUAGAGCCUUUAA